AUGUCCAUCCACCAGCUCUCUCGCCUGCUCCCUCUGCCAGACGAUGAGCUGCAGCAGGUUCUCGACUAUGCCUCAACUCUCUCCAAGCCCGAAGCCGUAACGCACUUUAGCAAUCUUCUUGGCGACUCGCCUCCCGUCAUCGACUUUAUAUCUACAUUCAACGCUCGCCGAAAAGACCCUACGGUCCCUCAGCAGCAGCCCAAGCCUGCGGCUGCUCUGAUCCCUUCAGCUUCAUCGUCUUCGAAAACUCAGCCCAAAGCUCAAAAACCCGCUGCUGCCGCCGAAACGAUAGAGCCGGUGCCGAGACAUGCAAGGCAGGCUAAGAAAAAGAAGGCGCCGCUGCAUGCACUGGAAGCUCGAAGGUUGGACGAUUAUGCCGGCCCGGCGGGAAAAGCAUAUAAUAAAAAGGACUCUGAUCUGGAAUACAUAACCCAGCGGUCCAGUGCGCCCAACAGCAACCAACCAUCACGAGGAAAUUCGCCCCCGAGGCCUUCUAUCAAGGAACCUACUCCUGUGAAAGCGCAGCCUGCCAAGGUCGAAGCGCCGGCACCGCAACAGAAAUCUUCUGCAGCAAGUGGUUAUCUCAUAUCUGAUGGCCUAUCAAAGAAGUCAAAACCAAAAUCUACACCUGUGUCUCGCACGUCUACGCCAAAGCCGGCAAACAGCGGAAAUGUCACAAAAGUUUCAAUAUCAGGAGGCGUGCCGAUGGCAGGCCAGUCUACGGCAUUGGCAGAUCUGGAUGCGGCUAUCAGGUCGUUAGAGAUUACGACAAAUCCAACGCUGGAAAAGGAUGCAAAAUCGAGGAGAUGUAACUGCGUGGCAACGAGGCACCCCAUUCAGGCAGCCGCACCAAACUGCCUCUCAUGUGGAAAAGUCAUCUGCUUAAAAGAAGGUUUGGGCCCGUGUACCUUUUGCGGUACACCGCUAUUGAGUGCGGAUGAGAUCCAGGCCAUGGUCAGGGAACUUAAAGAUGAACGUGGCAGGGAGAAACAAGCGGCCAAUGCAGCGGCUCAUCGCAGAGCAGACGUGGCCAAAACACCAGCACCAUUCACGCCUCCUCGUGGCUUGGACGGCGACGCACCAUCAUUAUCUGAAGCAGCGGCCAAGGCGCGAGAGCAUAGAGACAAACUGCUCAAUUUCCAGGCACAAAACGCAAAGCGAACGACUGUGAGAGACGAGGCAGCGGACUUUGACGUAUCGGGUGCCAUGAGCGGAACGGGCAGCAUGUGGGCAACGCCCGAAGAGCGAGCAAAAGAACUGAAGAGACAGCAGAAGAUCAUGCGCGAGAUGGAGUGGAACGCGCGGCCCGAAUACGAAAAGCGACAGCAAGUAAUCAGCAUCGACCUCUCUGGCCGUCGAGUCGUGAAGACGGUUGCGCCAAUCGAACGGCCAGCAACGCCAGAAGAAGACGACGACGAUGACUUCAACGACACGGGAGUUUUGCAAGAGACGUCUGGAAACAAGAAUACCGGCGGGGCGUUUAGCACAAAUCCGCUCCUUGGAGCAGCCGUGCGGCCUGUUUACGAUGCCAAGGGGAAAGGGGGCGAGGCUGAAGGGCGAGGCAGCCGCCGUAAAGGAUGGAGAAGGGUUCAGGAUGAUUUGGACGACAACGAGGGCGUUAUUCUGGAUGGCGGGGCAUAUGGAUUACAGGGCGUUGGCGGAGAUGAGCCUGAGCGUGGAUGA